GAUGUACAUAUGUAGGGUUUUUAGAAAUAUAGCAUCACUUUAGUUUAAUCAUUCUAUCGCACACAAAAAGGAACUUGUUAUUUAGAUACCUCGUUUAUAAUCAGAACGAAUAUUCAGAUAACAACGUGUUAACUCCUUUCAAAAAGACUAUCUGAUCCCAAGUACUUGAGGCUGCCCAAAUAUAUAUUGGCAUUUGUUGGAUUAACUUACUAUUAGAGUGUAUUAAUACAAUGGCAGAUCAUUUCGCUUCAGAUUUGGCUCUUGUUAUUAUUGCUCAAAUAGCUCAAACCAUUGGUUACAGCAGCACACUGAGUGCACCCUUAGAGCUACUGCAAGAUAUAAUGCAUAAGUUCACGCAGGAGUUUUCCCGUGACCUCCAUGGCCAUAUGGAGCACGCAAAUCGGACCCAGCCGAAUCUUAAGGAUGCACGGCUCAGUAUAAAAAAUCUUAACAUAAAUAUUCAAGAGCUUUUGGAUUACAUUGGGAAUGUCGAGCCAGUAGGAUUUGCCAGAGAUGUAGCCCAGUUUCCUAUCAAAAAAGCCGUAAAUAUGAACUUCCUCAAACCUGGAAGCGCCGAAACCCUUACUCGACCGGUGUACAUAUUUGAGUAUUUGCCACCUAUGCAGGACCCUGAGCCUCUGGAAAUUCAAACCGAUACUCAAAAAGAAUUUACACAAAAACGAGAAUUUGUGUCAAAGCCUGACGUUGAUGCCACAAGUUGUGGGGGCAAACUGCCCUCCAAUCACGUCGAUUCUAUUUCUUCAAUCGCUUUGGUUAGUUUUCCUUCGAAUUCCCCUGACUUGGAUAUUGGUCGAUCAGUCCGCGAAAUGAGCAGCGUGGUAAUGACAACAGGCGGUUUUAUAAGUCCAGCUAUUGAAGGAAAACUUCCAGAAGCUUUUAUACCGGAUAUAAUUGAAAAAUAUAGAGGUCUAAAUGCACCACCUCCUUCGUCAAUUGUUGUCAUGCCGUUAGAAAAUUCUAAAAAAUUUGAAGCAAAUGAAAAAAAAACAGAAAUAAUUUCACGAAAAAUAAUACCGAAGCCCCCUCAAUUUUUAGAAGCCAACAAAUUUAACCAAAAUGUUGGAUUAUUGUCAAAUGAUAAUGCUAAUGAUAAAAAUCCGACAACUACAAUAUCAAAAAAAAUUAAAAAACACAAAGAAGAUGUUUUACGUGAGCCCGGUCAAAAAGGUAAAUUCAAUAAUAUAGCUAAAUCUCAUGAAAAGUCUCAGCGAAGAGCUUUAAAAAUGUAUCAUAAACUUGCAAGGAACCAAAAUGACCUUUUAAGUAGUGAAAUGCUGCAACUGAAAAAAUCUAAAAAACGAGUCAAUCGGGUAUACAGCUCAUCCGAAGCAAAUAAAAUACAUUCAGAAAAGAUGCUAAAGAAGCAAGUCAAAUACAAACAGAAAAGUCUGCAGUUGGAACUUGUCGAUAAAAAUUACUCUAGUCAUCAAAGUACGAUAGGCUUUAAUUUUGAAGAAAACAUAAAUACAGAAGAUUUAAAUCCUGCUGAUAUCCACACAGAGGCGCCCUUAGUUAUAAGGGAAAUUGAAAGUAAUUCCCAAAGUUCAAUUUUUCCAGUACAGACAAUGGAUCAAUCACAAGUCCCAUUGCCAGAAAGAAGUAAGUUGGACAUCUUUAAGAAAAUUUCUAAACCACGUAGCCACCGUCAAGAUGAUGGAUUAAUUUCUGUACCUCCUGGAAUAGAUGUACGUGUAUUUGGAAGCAAUACUACACCAUUAAUUAGUCUUCCAUCUGGGACCACUAUAACACCUGCACCUUCACUAGGGUUGAAUGUAGAGAACAAAAGCAUUUCUAAUAUGAAAAUGAACCUUUUUGGUACGCUGGAUUACAAUCAACUUUCACCUGAAGUCGGCGUUAAAAAGCAAAUAAUUGAUUCAGUAAAGCCAAAGAAGCGAGGUCGCAAACCUGGUGGUAAAAAUCUUGUGAAAAAUGUAAACUGUACAUCGCAUUCUUCAAUUGAAUCGAGUAAAAAUGAAAAGUCAACUAAUGUAAUCCCACUCCCUCUAGCUUCCAGUUCGCUGCAAAAAUCCCAACAUUUCUUAGCCGCCCCUAUACCAACAGAGCCUCUUAACCUGUGCAACACAGAACUUGCCUCAAACGAAUCAUUUCCCAGUUCUGACGCAAAGUAUAAAAGGGAGAGAAAAAAGUGCAAAUCAAAAUAUGAUACCAUCUUAACAGAAAAUAUAAAUAUAUGCAGCACCAAGGUGAAUUCUCCUGAAAGAACAUCAUCCACACUAACUACUUUAAAUGCUCCAAAACAAAAGAAAGAUUUACCAGACUCAUUUAUGGCAAUAUCUAGCGCUAUACCAAAUACCGCAUUGUAUCCUGGCAAUCAAACUGGAAUGGUUCCUUUGCUUCCAUUGUUGCACUUUCCGCCACGGCCAGGCCUAAUUCCUUCAGGGCCAGGUCUUUUCCCUCCAGUAUCCGGUCUGGUAGGCUUUGGAAAUAAUAAUAACAGAGUCGGCAUACCACCGUUCAUAGCGUUUUCGGGCUCAGAUGGAUCUGUUACUGACAUUGUUAGAUGCCAACAAAUUGCAAAUUCCACUGAUAUUGCUACUGAUCAAAUGCAAAGGGGCCCUUCGACAGAUCGAAACUAUUGCAACGUUGCUCCAUUAGUACCCGACUCAAUGAAAUUGGAUGACUGUAAACCACAAACUUCUGGCAAUACCGAAUUGGGAAAUGCUUUUGCGAAGGCUUCUCCUAAAUUUAAGGCUAAACGUGCAUUAGCACAGGCUUCUGGAAAUUUCGGUGAUCCAAUUGAGGUCUCAGAUGAUUCAGACGAGUCAAUACAAAAUAAAAAGUCGGUUAAAAAAAAAUCGCCAUUUCCAUCUCCAAACCGCAUUGCAUCGAAGUCGAUACAUUCACAUUCCUCGUCGUUUGGGCAUUCAAUAUCUAAGUGUGAAGACAAGACUGUUGUGGAUUUAAGAAAUAUUUUGACGGUAACCUCUAACGAAUCGAAUGAAAAAUUUAAGAAGUCGGUUAAACUAAGCAUUCCUGAUGUGAAGACCAUAAUCAACACAGCUUCUACACCUUCUACAUUUCCGCAAUUCAACUUGCCAAAUUUUACAGGAGGUGAUAAGUUUAGUUUAGCCGGAGGGGCAGAUCUUAUCCCUUUGUCUAGAAUAGAUUGUGGCUCGGCAUAUUCAUCCCACAAAGUGCCAUCUAGUAGCUUGGCAGGUGGUGCGACAUCAGGUUUAAACUCCAUUUUACCAAAUCAUAUAACUAUUUCAGAAGAACAACAAUUUUUACCGCCCUAUUCGAAUUAUGAAGACAUUACUAUUACACCAACUGAUACAUUGUCAUUAGAUCUCAAAGCGCGAAAACAUCAUAAAAAGCUUAAGAAGCUAAAAGAAGGAAAAGUUAAAAAAAAAAAAAACAAGAAAGAUAAGUCAAAGAGAAAAGAUCGCAUGGGAGUAACGUCUUGUACGACCGACAAGAAAAUAAGAGGCCUCGAUAAAAGACAAAAAAAGGAGAGGAAAAAGGAUAAGGAUAAACAGAUAUUAAUCCAUGUACCAGAUGAAUCAGACGAAUUUUCCGUUGAGCCUUUGAUUGAUAGCCUUGAAGUUGACUCUACUCAAAAUGAAUUCGUGGGUACAACUGUACAGAGUUCAAGUCCAAUGCCAAAGAGACAACCGCUAAUUGCCACUUUUCCAAUAUCUCCAAAGGUACAACACUCUCCAAGUCAAAUACCAAAAAUAACACUAAAACUUAGUGGCAAAUCUACGUAUCCGACUUCUGAAGAUGAAAAAGAAGCGCCGGAUGCCGGAAAAGCAAAUCAGCAAAAUAUACUUCCUGCAGAAAUCAAAGACCGCCAGCGGAAUAAUUCUCCGGAACUAGCACGCUUUUCUCCAUUGGUCACCGGGCCCCCAAAGACAAAACAAUCUGAAACACAUUUAUUAGGUAUACCAAGUACAGGGUCGAUUCUACUCAACAAUUAUGAUAAUUCAGCACCAUUUAUACCAGUGACUUCCCAAAUAUCUGCGCGGACAAUGCAGAUACCUAUAAGUCAAUCCUCAUUAAAUUCAGUAGGUUGGCAGCACAGCACUAAUAACAGUACCGCUGCUUCAUCCACUCUUUCAGCCAGUUCUGUUUUGUUACCACAGCAAUUAAGGUUAAUACCUAAUACGGUUAUGGCUAGCUUUCCAUCUGUAAUUGCUGAGAGUGCAGGGACUGCAACAAUAAGUGACUCAUUAAAUUCACCCAUAUGUAUCUCAGCUGAAAAUUCCUACGUUGCUGAAAAAAGUCGUCCAUCAUCUUAUGUUGACGCCGAUGGUAACCGUAUAUGGAUUUGCCCUGCUUGCGGGAAGGUAGACGAUGGCUCUGCAAUGAUUGGAUGUGAUGGCUGUGAUGCUUGGUACCAUUGGAUUUGUGUAGGCAUUACUUUUGCUCCUAAGGACAAUGACGACUGGUUUUGUCGCGUUUGUGUCACAAAAAAAGGAGUCCAUGAACCUGAAAAGAAAAAGAGACGAAACAAAAAAAAGUGACUUAUAAUUACAGGAAAUAGCUUUAUUUAAAACAUAUAAACUCAGCAUUAUUGUGUUUUUUUAUAUAUCACCAAGGCUGACCAUAAAGGGUGUCUUGGUUUUAUAUAACAAGUUAUUGCCUUAAUAAAAUUGAUUUCCAUAUACUUACUUAAAAAAGCAA